GUUUGUUCUGCUCUCUCUUUCUGCCCUGUUUUGUAGUCUCAAUUCUAUUCAUCCUUGAAAGCAAAUAAAAACUGAAAAAUGUGUUUUGUUUUGAUAGGAUUUUAGUGAGUUGCAGUUGAGAAAUACUCUUGAUUUCUGGAAAAAAGUUCUAAUGUUCUCCUUCCUUAUCUGGCACCCUCUCCCUCCUUUCUCCAUUCUCUGUCUGGGAGAAUGCCGCCCAGAUAACUAUGCGUACACCUCUGAGGUGAAGGCAUCAUCUUCACGACGAGGUCUAAACGAAUUUGCGAUGGAGAAGAUAUCUGCAGCUUGCGCCAUGGAAUGGAGCAUCCAGCUUGAGAAAGCCCUACGCUCCAAGAAACGCGCUCGAGCUAUUGAAGCUAUAUUAGAGACUGGGUCAAGACUUAAGCGGUGGAGUCAAGAACCAGAAGCAAAACAGGCUGUAUGCUCAAUGUUCAGUUUAGUCCCAGGCGAGGACAGGCUCUUUGCCAAUACCAUACUUUUAAGGCUUGCAGAUGCAUUUAGGGUUGGGGAUAGAGAGAUUAGGAAAUCUAUUGUCAUGGUUUUCUUGUCAAAUCACAGACAGCAUAGAAGAAAUGAGUUAAAGAAAGGAAUCAAAGGGAUUUUGUCGAAGGGCAGGGUGCAAAACCAUGUAGAAUUGUUGAGUAGAGUGAAGGCUGUUUUUGAAACUGGGGAUGUUGAGUCAAGGGCAUUGGCUUUGAUUUUGUUUGGCUGUUGGGCUGAUUUUGCAAAAGAUAGUGCAGAGAUACGUUAUUUGGUACUUUCCAGUAUGGUCUCUUCCUCUGUUCCGGAGGUGAAAGCAUCAUUAUUUGCUGCUGGUUGCUUCUGUGAGUUAGUAGAUGACUUUGCAUUUGUUGUCUUAGAGAUGCUGGUCAAUAUUAUGUCUAUGCUGGCAACAGCAGAAGCCAUGAGGUUGUCUGGUGCAAGAGUUUUUGCUAAUAUGACUUGUUCACAUUCAGUAGCGAUGAAAGCCUUCAAGCCAUCUAAAAAAUCGUGAAGAUUUAGUGUAAGUGUGGUAUGUAAAACUUGUAUGUCUACAGCUGGUGUCUGAUUCUUCAGAAGAGAAAUUUAUUGUUGCCUUUAUGGUUUCACUUACCAAACUUGCUUGCAAAUCCACAACUCUUAUUUCCAAACAGGUAGACUUACUUUUAUUGUAUCUCAAAAAAGAAUCUUGGAAGCUGCGAGCAAUAGCAUUAAAGUGUUUACACUUCA